AAUAAAUAGGCUCAAAAGGAAACCACUCGGUUAUCAUCCGGGCCCAGCUUGCCCUGCAAGUUAGUCACCCAGUUUCAGAAACAGUCUCUAUGGAUUGCUGUUUCUUGCACAGGCAAACCACGCUUUCAGCUUCAUCGUGUCCACUUUCGCUAAGUUCUUCAGCUGUAUUAUAUUUUCUUCUUGCUUUCUUUCUUCAGCGAUGUAUUUCACGGGCGAGCUCUUCUUGUAAUGCAUGUAUCCUGUUACUUGCCAUAAUCAAUCUUUGAAAUGAUGAUGGUAAUGAAUUUUUCAUGGAAAUGACUAACUCAGAGGCUUUAAAAGACAUUCUAUCGAGGAGGUUUUUGAAAUCAUCCAAAAGGCAUUUCAAGCAGAUUGAGGUGGGAGGUUAGAGUUUGAAAGAUUGAAGGUGGAAGGGGGCAGCGGUGUGGAGAUGGACGGGUUGAAGAGGUUGGAGUAUCUGUCUCUUGUGUCGAAGGUUUGCACGGAGUUGGAGGCACACAUAGGCUGCAGCGACAAGACCUUGGCGGAGUUCAUAGUCGACUUAGCGCAGAAGUGCGAGACGGUGGAGCAGUUCGGGAAGUUGCUCAAGGCCAACGGUGCCGAGAUGCCAGAGUAUUUCGUAAAGACGUUGUUGACGAUUAUUCACGCUAUCUUGCCGCCAGUGAGCAAGGCGGAGCGGGAGAGGUUGAGCAAGGGUUUAGGCGGGGAUAAGGACUUGAAACGGACUGCAUUUCCAGGGUUGGCAGUGCCGGAUAGUAAGCAGCGGGUGCGGGAAUUAGAGGAGGAGCUCGAGGCGGACGGAGUCGGAGUUAGGGUUUCGGAGGGGAGGAGGGAGGAGCGGGGUAGUGCGAAGGAUGAUGGACGCGGUGGCGAGAGUGAUGAUGGUGUCAGAGACAGGGAUCAUCGGAGGGACAGGGAGAAAGAUAGUGUGAGGGUUAGGGAUGGUGGCGGGGAGCGGGACGGGAGGCGGGAUGCGAGGGGCAAACCUUACGACAGGGAAGAUCGUCGGGGGAAUGGAGGUGGGCGAGCUAGAGAAAAGGAGCGUGGCGGUAGAGAUAAAGACGAUGUAAGUGGUUGGAGGAAUAAUGACAGGUAUGGUGGUGAAAGUGGAAGAGGAAGAGGGAGGGAUAGGGAAGUCGAUUACGAAGAUGGAGACAGAGUUGGUCCUAGCUCAGGGAGUGUUGUCCCAAGCAGAGCGCCAGUCGUGGAUGAGCCAGAGCUUUACGGAAUAUACAAAGGGAGAGUGUCCAGGAUCAUGGAUUAUGGUUGUUUUGUGCAAUUGUUAGGGGUUAGGGAUCGGAAGGAGGGGCUAGUGCAUGUGUAUAAUAUUGCGUCUCGACGGGUUGUCAAUGCCAAGGAUGCCGUCGAACGGGACCAGGAAGUGUGGGUGAAAGUUUUGUCUGUAAGUGAUAAGAAGAUUAGUCUUAGUAUGCGAGACGUUGAUCAGAAAACAGGAGAAGAUUUACUUCCCAUGAAGCGUACGACAACUGAAGAAGAAAAUUUGCGUGCCAAUCCAUCCAGCUCUAGUUUGGCUCCAGAGAUGCGAAAGGGACUGUCGGGUAUAACUAUUGUGGAAGAAGAAGAUAACACUUCAAACCGUAGACCCAUGAAGAGAAUGAGUUCGCCUGAGCGAUGGGAGGCCAAACAACUUAUUGCAUCAGGUGUGCUAGGUGUUAGAGACUACCCAAUGUAUGAUGAUGAUGGUGGAGGAAUGCUGUAUCAUGAUGAAGGUGCGGAAGAAGAGCUUGAGAUCGAGCUCAAUGAGGAUGAGCCAGCUUUUCUUCGGGGCCAAACUCGUUACUCAGUCGAUGUUUCUCCAGUGAAGAUUGUGAAGAACCCUGAUGGUUCGUUGCAAAGAGCUGCCAUGACACAGUCUGCGCUUGCUAAAGAACGACGAGAAUUGAGGGAGCAGCAACAACGGACAAUGCUCGAUUCCAUUCCAAAGGAUCUGAACAGGCCUUGGGAAGAUCCCAUGCCAGAAACUGGUGAGAGACAUCUCGCGCAGGAGCUGCGAGGAGUAGGUCUGUCAGCCUAUGAUAUGCCGGAGUGGAAAAAGGAUGCGUUUGGAAAGGCUCCCACUUUUGGGCAAAGGUCCAAACUUUCGAUUCAAGAGCAGAGACAGAGCCUACCCAUAUAUAAGCUGAAGAACGAGCUUAUCAAGGCGGUGCACGACAACCAAGUUUUAGUUGUGAUUGGAGAGACAGGUUCUGGGAAGACUACGCAGAUGACUCAGUACCUCGCAGAAGCUGGUUACACAACCCGCGGAAAGAUAGGUUGCACUCAACCCCGGCGGGUUGCUGCCAUGUCUGUGGCGAAGAGAGUAGCGGAAGAGUUUGGAUGUAGACUUGGGGAGGAGGUAGGGUAUGCGAUCCGGUUUGAGGACUGUACAGGUCCCGAGACAGUUAUCAAAUAUAUGACGGACGGGAUGUUGUUGAGGGAGAUCUUGAUAGACGAAAUGUGUGCAUCGUAUUCAGUCAUCAUGCUUGAUGAAGCUCACGAACGUACUAUCCAUACAGACGUUUUGUUUGGGCUUUUGAAGGGGCUUGUGAAACGCAGACCUGAUUUACGGCUUAUUGUCACUUCGGCUACGCUGGAUGCGGAGAAGUUUUCGAGAUACUUUUUUGAUUGCCCUAUCUUCACCAUACCUGGAAGAACUUAUCCGGUGGAAAUACUAUAUACGAAGCAGCCGGAGACUGAUUAUUUGGAUGCUGCCUUGAUUACUGUCAUGCAGAUUCAUCUCACAGAACCUGAAGGUGAUGUUCUCCUUUUCUUGACAGGGCAAGAAGAGAUUGAUACUGCAUGCCAAAUUCUCUAUGAGCGGAUGAAGGGUCUGGGACCUAAUGUGCCAGAACUGAUUAUUCUUCCAGUUUACAGUGCUCUGCCUAGUGAAAUGCAGACAAGAAUUUUUGAACCCCCACCACCUGGUACAAGAAAGGUUGUUGUUGCAACAAAUAUUGCUGAGGCCUCUCUCACAAUUGAUGGAAUAUACUACGUUGUGGAUCCUGGAUUUGCAAAGCAAAACGUUUAUAAUCCUAAGUUGGGUCUGGAUUCUUUGGUAAUUACUCCAAUAUCACAGGCUUCUGCCAGGCAACGAGCUGGGCGUGCAGGAAGAACUGGACCUGGCAAGUGUUACAGGUUAUAUACGGAAAGCGCAUAUAGGAAUGAGAUGUUACCUACAACAGUACCAGAAAUUCAAAGAGUUAAUCUUGGUUUGACAACAUUGACAAUGAAAGCAAUGGGAAUUAAUGAUCUUCUAUCCUUUGAUUUCAUGGAUCCCCCUCCACCCCAAGCACUUAUAUCUGCUAUGGAACAGCUUUACAGCCUUGGAGCCCUUGAUGAGGAGGGUCUUUUGACCAAGCUGGGAAGAAAGAUGGCAGAGUUUCCACUGGAGCCACCUCUUUCAAAGAUGCUUCUAGCCAGUGUGGACUUGGGUUGCAGUGACGAAAUCUUGACCAUUAUUUCUAUGGUGCAAGCUCAGAAUAUCUUUUACCGACCACGAGAGAAACAAGCACAGGCUGAUCAGAAGAGAGCGAAGUUUUUUCAAGUAGAGGGUGAUCAUUUGACACUGCUGGCAGUAUAUGAAGCUUGGAAAGCUAAGAACUUUUCAGGUCCCUGGUGUUUUGAGAAUUUUGUGCAGUCUCGAUCGUUGAGGAGGGCUCAAGAUGUGCGGAAGCAGCUUCUUACGAUUAUGGAUAGGUACAAGUUGGACGUUGUGAGUGCAGGCAAAAAUUUUACAAGAAUACGAAAGGCAAUAGCAGCAGGGUUUUUCUUCCAUGCAGCUCGGAAGGAUCCCCAGGAGGGUUACCGUACUCUGGUGGAGAACCAGCCAGUAUAUAUCCAUCCAAGUAGUGCUUUGUUUCAGAGGCAACCUGAUUGGGUUAUCUACCAUGAGCUGGUGAUGACCACAAAGGAGUAUAUGCGAGAAGUGACUCUAAUGGACCCUAAAUGGUUGGUUGAACUGGCUCCACGUUUCUUCAAAGUUGCUGAUCCCACAAAAAUGAGUAAGAGGAAGCGACAGGAGCGAAUUGAACCUCUCUACGAUCGAUACCAUGAGCCAAAUUCAUGGCGCCUUAGUAAGAGACGGGCUUAAAUACUUGGGAAAGUUUCAAGGCAAGCAGAGUCCUUCUCUACACGGAUGGGAGGUGUAUUACGAUUGUUUAGAGAGUCUCGGGGAGGAAUGUCGUGAAGCAAACUCGCCAUUAGCAAGUGCUUUUUUGUCUAACCUGCCGCUUGUGCUGCACGAAGGCUCGGCUUCCAUGAGCUCACAGCAGUUCCGAAUGCCUUUGAUUUUAGUCAUGGCAUGACACCUUACUGCAUAUAAUGUGGAGAUCAUUAAUGGUGAGAAACGACUGCAGCAGGGCCUAAAUGAUACAUGGAUGUUUCAUUCGAAUGUAGAUCUAAGGUCACGGAGCUUCUGAUGCUCGAGAUAGUCUACAAGCUUGAAACCUGAUAAUGCCAUCCAUGCGCAGUUUUAAAGAUUUGGAGGUCCAUCGUGCAGGCACUGAAUAUUUUGCACACCCAUGUUGACGACUUUGCUAACGUUACAGUUAUUGAAAUCCUUUCUUCAA